UCUCUUACGGGCAAAAUUGAAUUUGACCAGAUUUGGUAGGAAGAACAAAAAGCACAUUACAUGAGUUGACAUUUUUCCAUGUACUCAUGUUAGGUAUCUGCAGCUGAACUCAAGUUUCAAUCUUUCACCUAUCCAUGGCUUCCUCUCUCUUUCUUUGCAGUAACUACGUCUUCCCCACUUCCCAAAACCCCUUCAGAAGCAACCAUUUAGCUCAAUUCAGACCAAAUGGGCCCUCCAAUUUUCACUCAAAGCUUCGGUUUCAGAGACCCCACUUGGUCAGAGCCAUGGUUUCUGAUUCCAACACUUCCAGGAGACAAAUAGAGAUUGUGUAUGACCCCGAAGGAAGGAUUAACAAGUUGGCUGAUGAAGUGGACAGGGAAACUCCCCUUUCAAGGCUUACUUUGUUCUCUCCUUGCAAGAUAAAUGUUUUCUUGAGAAUAACCAACAAGAGGGAAGAUGGGUAUCAUGAUUUGGCAUCCCUUUUUCAUGUGAUAAGUCUAGGUGACAUAAUUAAGUUCUCUUUGUCACCUUCAAAAACCAAGGAUAGCCUGUCAACCAACGUGUCUGGGGUGCCCCUUGAUGAUAGAAAUUUGAUUAUUAAGGCGCUUAAUCUUUACAGGAAGAAGACUGGCAGUGACAAGUACUUUUGGAUUCAUCUUGAUAAACGGGUGCCUACUGGGGCAGGGCUUGGCGGUGGAAGUAGCAACGCUGCAACUACACUAUGGGCAGCCAAUCAAUUUAGUGGCUGUCCUGCCUCUGAGAAAGAACUCCAAGAAUGGUCAAGUGAGAUUGGAUCAGAUAUUCCCUUCUUUUUCUCUCAGGGAGCAGCCUAUUGCACUGGUCGAGGAGAGGUUGUUCAGAAUAUUCCUCCACCAGUAUCUCUAGAUGUUCCAAUGGUUCUCAUAAAGCCCCCAGAAGCAUGUUCAACUGCCGAAGUCUACAAGCGUCUAUGUUUGGACCAGACUAGUAAUGUUGAACCUUUAACAUUGCUGGAGAAGAUCUCAAAGAUUGGUAUCUCACAAGAUGUUUGUAUUAAUGAUUUAGAACCUCCAGCAUUUGAAGUUCUCCCCUCUCUCAAAAGACUGAAGCAGCGAAUUAGUGCAGCUGGUCGUGGAGAAUAUGAUGCUGUUUUUAUGUCAGGAAGCGGAAGCACUAUUGUUGGAGUUGGUUCUCCUGAUCCUCCACAAUUUGUUUAUGAUGAUGACGAAUACAAAGAUGUGUUCUUAUCAGAUGCCUAUUUUCUCACUCGAGAGGAAAAUCAGUGGUACCAAGAGCCUACUUCAAGUCCUUCUGCCUCACCUUCAGUUGUUUCUGAGUCUGUUUGACCUACGUUCUUAUAAGAUAAGAAGAUAGUAAUGUAGAAUUGCAUUAUCUUGUCUUUUUUCUUGCCUCAUUUAAUGAUGAAAAAAAAGUUUUGCCGCUGGAAAUCAAUAAACAUUAAAGAAAGAAAAUUGAAUGAAUAAAUAUAAGGCAGGGCCUCUAAGUCCUUACAAUGCCCGAAUAAUUGGUCUUGUAGCAUGCAUCUCGGGACUGACCAAAGACCCAAAAAUAAUGUUGUAAGUUUAAGGUUUUCUAAGUUCUGUUUCAAAGUUGGAUAAAUUUGAUUUUAAACCAUUAAAUGUAAUUAGAAUGUGUAUUCCAAUUGAAGUCUCGUAAAUUUUACAUUAGAAUAAGUGUAUAGUGUGAGAAAUUAUUCUUGAUAUAAAACAAAGAGUACUUUGUCUCCCU